AUGUCCUUCCAACUUGGACAAGUGUCAGCCAGAGUGUGGAGUAUUCUCGAACAGGACAGCCGUGAAUGUUUCCCAUUAUCCUAUCUGAUUAUUGGUGACGAUAAAGUACUGAUAAUAGACACCGGAUGUGGUUGUGGCGAUAUUUAUGCAUUUGUGAAACAACAAUCUAUCAUCAAGGAAAAGAAGAUUAUCGUUGUCAAUACACAUAAUCAUCCUGAGCAAACUGGGGGAAAUUUCCACUUCUCGACGACAGGUAAAUUGGGAAUGGCACAUAUGGUAGAAGAUCUUUGUGCUUCUGGGCGAGAUAAGUACUAUACCCAAUUGAGGAAUAGCAAUUGGCAUUGGGAGAUAAACACCUACAAAGUGACCAGAUGGCUGAGCGAUGGCGACACUAUAUUGCUGGGAAAUCCGGUCGAAACUCACAACGUUGUAAAGGUUAUAUGGUCCCCUGGUCAUACACCGGAUAGCCUCGUUUUAUGGUAUGCUAGCGACAAUCGGCUGUUCGUAGGAGAUCUGUUUUACAGAUUCGAGGAUAUUAUGAUGACGUACUCGGCUUCGAAGAGCGACAGCGACUCCGAGUGCCUGCCCACUUUUAAACAAUUCCAUAGAUUUUUGUUGGGUAUCCUUGCAGGGACACAUGUUGGUACACCCUUGAGAAUUGACGAAGCGGAAGGAUUCCGAUUUGAAACGCGGGACAAGGCAAUGCGUAUUGUCAUAAGCCGAGAGAUUGUAAGGCGACUGAAUCAAGCAAGAGAGAAAGCUCAACAAUAUCGAUAA